CAAAAAGAAUGGAAUUUAUCUGGUAUUUACCUCAAUCCUCCCAGAUAUCCUUGAGAAAGUGGCUGAAACUGUCUUUCAGUAUGGGGCCUACCCAACAAAUGCACAAUUGUCUGAUGUUGCUUUAGCACUAGUUCAAAAGCAUCCUUCCCUUAAAGAGCCGGGAUCAUAUAAUGGAUGCUAUGGAUGGCUACAAAGACUAAAAUAUAAAAUGGGAAAUUAUAGAUCAAAACUGAGAGCGCUAGGAUGUCCUGAAGUUGAUGUGAACUCUAUCGGAAAGAAGACAGCAUGUGACCGAGCACCUGCAAAAAAUAUAAAAAAGCCCAGAAGGGCAGAGGUGAACUAUUUACCCCCUCACCCACAAGGAGAAACUGAAGGAAGCUUGGAAAAUGAGAGACUGAACCUGUUUGAUGAAGUAAACAAGAGGGACAACCAUCAGACCAUCACGGAAAAGAUGGCGAAGACUUUCUCCAUUCGUAGGCAAGAAAUCGUCAAUGAAGCACCAGCAGUCAGUGACUUAAUAGGCCGAUGGCCUGUUCUUUUUGAUGCAGCUCAGAUAAAUGAAGAAUUCACACGCAUCUCUACCAUUAACCUGGCCAAACUGGACCAGUAUUCCCCAAAAAUAAUGGCCUUGGUGUCCUCAGAAGGAGGGGCUGCAAAAAUAAAUAUUCAGCGAAUAAAGAACAUGUUGCUAGAGGAUGAUUCUGUGGAAAUGAGAAGAGAGGUUGCUAUUUGUGCCAUCAUUGUGUUCCUAAAAGAAAAGGAGGAAGACCUCUUCAAAGAGGAUGAUGGGGACAUUACCAACGACCUGAUGAAGAUGUGCCUUGCUAAUGGGGCUGAUCUACUCAGCUCAACCUAA